AUGAUCUUCCUUCUCACCAGAUUCACCGCCUUUCUUUCUCAGGCCUACAAGGUUACGCCAGAUACGUCGAUUCCAAUACCCAUAGCGCAAAUGGCAUCGAUAUUCAGGUUCAAUACGAGCGCCACAGAAGAGUCUGUCAGUCCGUCCAAAGUGUCCUCUUGCCCACCCGCGAUUGGCGCAGACAUCGAAGAUCGUCGUAAAAGCUCGUAUUGGAGCUUCGAAAAUGAUUCUGCAAGAAGAAUGCUCCCUCAGAGUGAGAUCACAAGAGACCUUGUGAUUGAUCUGCCCAAGCUCCGACAAUACGAGGACUCAGAUGCAGAGCAUCCAUCUGCCGAGCCGGCCAUUAUUUGGACCGCCAGAGUCUACCAGAUCCUAAAAGAACCUCGUGGUGAGGGUAUCCGCUUAUACCGACCCGAUCUGACCUACGUCGACGAUCGGCCUAUCGAGUUUUCCAUUGGUCUUUCUUCCAUGAAGCCGCCACCUGAGACAGAUGAGGGGCUUGGCCGACUUGAGGUAACACCACAACGGACUACCAAGACUGAGCACCUUUCCACCGCCGUCGAACAGGUCGAGUUUGGCAUGAUGUGGUAUCUUCUCAAACCCAGGACAAAUGUCUAUGCACAAGUCGAUGGAUCCACUCAUGCUACAGUUGUUGUGGGCGUCAGGAGAUCUGAUAUCUCUGUAUCCAAGCUUUGCGGUGCUGAUAGUGACGGGGCGGGGCUGGUCGAUCUCUGGCGACUUGAGACUAAUGGUUCAAGACUCCGAAGAGGCUUUUUCUCUACACUGAUAACCCCUUACUUUGGACUCCGAGACGUCGCUAGUCUUCAAAUAUGUCCAGUUUCCAUUUGGGAUUUGCAUAACGGUGGCGAGCGACGUGGGAGACUUUUACAUCGGGCUGCAGCUUUCCUCAAGGCGCUUCAGCGGGGGAAUCUCCCUCGCGGAGUACAAUGGCCCAAUCAAAAAUACCGCCCAAUAUUAUACGGUCAAGGUGUCCACGAUUAUUCAGACCGGUUCAAAGAGUACGAUGGGAUUCUCAUCAACAACUACAGGUCCUUCUACACGACACAAGAUACUCAAAACCGUCUCACGAACCGAAAGUCUAGACCACCCAACAGCAACGACAUCGUGAUGAACCAGGAGGGAUUGCAGGUACAGCUCAACGAUGUCGAGCAUAGUUCCCCGGAAACUAUUCGCACUCAUGCUGGUGGUUCCGUUGAUAAACAACUCGCCGAGCAUCAACUCUUCUUGCUGAUCUCUAUCGACCACGUCCAAGAAUCAGCCCCAUCAUAUGAGAGUAUCUCAAACCUGAUUAUUGCUCGGGAUGAGUUGAAGACCAUCCAGGCUCUGUCAAAUCGCCAAACUCAUGAGAUAAGGCACUGGUCGGCUGAUUUCAUUGAGGGGAAGGGACCGGGGCAACUCAUACUGCUACAUGUGGCUCAUAUCGGCACUGUUGAGACGCUCAUUGAAGCUGAGCUUAUGAAGUGGUUUGAUCUUGCGGAAGCCUGGAACACAGCGCUUCUCGUCGAUGAAGCCGACAUCUUCCUCGAACGGCGUCCAUCCACAGCCUUCCUCCGACGGAUGGAAUACUUCAAAGGUCUUCUGUUCCUGACAACAAAUCGCGUCGGACAGAUCGAUGACGCUUUCAUCUCACGGGUCCGGAAUGGCUUUUUCCGCAAGCCGGUGCGCGAACGCGCUGGCAAAGUACAGAUUGCAUCAGACGCGAAGAAAUGGGUUCUUGACACCGCCGGCGAGACGAGCCUCAACGGGAGAGACAUUCGCAAGGCAUUGCAGACAGCCAUCACGUUGGCAGAAUUCGAAAGCGAAGAGGACCCGGACUAUGAUGCUUUAUUGGUGACAGUUGUCACUAAAGCCCAUUUCCAGAAGGUGUUGGAGAUGUGCAGUCGGUUCCGCAGUUAUGUCACAAGUAUACGCAGGGAAGACGAGAUGAAGCGUGCUCAAGGACGUGGAGAUCGGAAUGAUUAUGGCAAUGGGUUUGACAGCAGAAUGUGCUAA